AGAAAGACGAGAAUACAGACAACUAUUUGUGGGAAAGCUUUGAUUAUCCUACUGAUACGAUGUUACCAGGAAUGAAAUUGGGAUGGGACUUGAGGAGAGGUCUCAAUAGGCGUUUAUCAUCAUGGAAGAGUUCUGAUGACCCCUGCGAUGGAGAUUUCACUUAUGGGAUUGAGCUUGAUGAACCACACCAUACAUACCCUCAACUAUUUAUCCGUAAUGGGUCUGCAAAAUUGUUUCGAGAAGGGCCUUGGGAUGGCAUAAGUUUCAGCGGAGCUUUUAAUACUUUAUCAUAUCCUUGGUACGGGUCUGAUUACGAAUUCGUGCACAACGAUGAUGAAGUUUACUUCACUUACAGCGUCAACAGUACAUCAAUGAUCUUAAGAAUUGUCCUGGGCAAAAGAAUUGAAUACAAAGAAUGGAGAGAAGAAGACAAAAUUUGGCAUUCUUAUUACACAAUUCCAGGAGACCAGUGUGACUACUAUGGCAUCUGUGGAGCUAAUUCAGAAUGUGGUUCAAAUGAAGUGAAUAAGCCAAUCUGCCAAUGUUUAGAAGGGUUUAAGCCAAAGAAUCAAGAAAAUUGGAAGGUGAUGCAUUGGUCAGAAGGGUGUGUGAGAAACGGUUCUGUGAGCUGCGAUGAUAAAGAGAAAGAUGUGUUCCUUGGCUUUUCUGACUUGAAAGUGCCCAAUGCUCAAUAUAUUUGGGCAAAUAAGAGUAUGAAUCUGCACGAAUGCAAUGCUAAAUGCUUGAGCAAUUGCUCUUGCAUGGCUUAUGGCUUUGAAGUCAGUGACUGCGUUCUCUGGUUCGGAGAUCUGUUUGAUAUUCGACAAGCUCCUUAUGGCCGACAAGAUGUAUAUAUUCGAAUACCGUUUUCAGCAACAGCUCCAAAACUUUUUGAUGAAAAAGAAAGAACUGAUCGUAAUCAUAAGUUCAAGGUGGAGAGAGCAGUGAUAAUUAUUGCUAUCAUAGUCGGAUUAGCUGUUGGGCUUAUUAUUUUAAUUGGCUUUUACAUUCACAGGAGGAGGAGACACAUUAUUGCCACUAAUAAUUCAUUUGAGAUAAACGAAAGCCAAGAUGAAGACUUGGAGCUUCCAUUGUUUGAUCUGCAUACAAUUAGUACUGCCACUAGUAAUUUUUCAGAGAAUAAUAAGCUUGGAGAGGGUGGUUUUGGACCUGUAUACAAAGGUAUACUUGAAGGAGGUCAAGAAAUAGCUGUGAAGAGACUAUCAAUGUGUUCUAGACAAGGAGUCACUGAGUUCAAAAAUGAAAUUAAACUAAUUGCCAAGCUUCAACAUCGAAAUCUUGUAAAGAUAUAUGGUUAUUGUAUUCAUAGAGAAAUGAAAUUAUUAAUUUAUGAGUAUAUGUCCAACAAAAGCCUUGACCAUUUUAUCUUUGAUGAAAGGCAAAGCAUACUAUUAGAAUGGCCUAAACGUUUUGAGAUUAUAUGUGGAAUUGCUAAGGGGCUUCUCUAUCUUCAUCAUGAUUCUAGAUUGAGAAUUAUACAUCGAGAUCUCAAAGCCAGUAAUGUGUUACUUGAUAAAAACAUGAAUCCCAAAAUUUCAGACUUUGGCUUGGCUAGAUGUUUUGGUGGAGACCAAAUAGAAGGAAACACAAACAAAAUAGUUGGAACUUAUGGUUAUUUGGCUCCAGAAUAUGCUUCUAAUGGCUUAUUCUCAACAAAAUCUGACGUAUUUAGUUUUGGCACAUUGAUGCUUGGAAUCGUAAGUGGAAAGAAAAGUAGAGACCUGUACGAUGAAGAUAGCAUUCUUAACCUCACUGGAUUGGCAUGGACUUUGAUGAAAGAAGGCAACGCAUUUAUGUUUAUUGAUAAGUGCUUGUUAAGAGAUCCAAACGACAACAUGGAAGAAGCAUUGCGUUGCAUCCACAUCGGUCUCUUGUGUGUGCAACAAAAACCUAUUGAUAGGCCUAAUAUAUCUUCUGUUAUUCUAAUGUUGAGCGGUGAGAAAGUGUUGCCUCAACCCAAACCACCAGCCUAUUUCACCAACACAGAUUUGUGGGAGGGAUAUCAUUCCCCCUUUUCUAAGACACCAUCAUGCAAUACAAGCAUAACAGCUGUCGAGGCGCGAUGAUAAUUCAUACAACAAAUCAGAGUUUAUCAUGUAAAUUUUUAGAAUUUGAAUUAUUACAAUUUCUAUUUAUUUCGUUCAAAACUGCAA